AUGAACAUUGUAACCAAACAGCAUUGUUCUGUACUGCACACUCUUGUUACGGUAUAUUACAGUAAUCGAGCUAUGGGAGGAAGGCAACCGAUUGAAGAGAGCGACUUUAUAAAGAAUGAAUUCUUUACUGGACGUCGACCAACUUUGUUGGAAAGUGAAGGUGAAAUAGCUCGCCAGUUUGCUGUGAAAACCAAGCCAGCUGAUAAGGAUUCACAAUUGCUUGAACAGGAAGAAGAUCAACAACAACGACUGGAUCGUGAAGAAGUCGAAGCAGCGUAA